CGGCAUCAUGGAAGCCCCAUGGGGCUGGCUGGUGGUUGGUGUGCUGGCCAUGACCCUGGCGUCCACGCUGGCCCAGGACGUUUGCCAAGCACCAAACGGGCAGAACGGGGCUGCAGGGAGACCUGGCCGACCUGGGCGGCCGGGCCUCAAGGGGGAGCGAGGGGAGCCAGGGGCCCCUGGCAUCCGGACAGGCAUCCGAGGUCUUAAAGGAGACGAGGGGGACCCCGGGCCCCCUGGCAUCCCUGGCAAAAUGGGCUACCCAGGCCCCAGUGGUCCCCUGGGUGCCCCUGGCAUCCCGGGAGACAGGGGCAUCAAGGGCAACCCAGGAGACAUCAACGACCAGCCGAGGCCGGCCUUCUCGGCCAUAAGGCGGAACCCGCCGACAGUCGGCAACGUGGUCAUCUUCGACACGGUCAUCACCAACGAGGAAGGCCGCUACCAGAGCCGCUCGGGCAAGUUCGUCUGUGCCGUGCCGGGCUACUACUACUUCACCUUCCAGGUGGUGUCCAAGUGGGACAUCUGCCUGUCCAUCAUGUCCUCCAGGAGUGGCCUGACCCAGCGCUCCUUGGGCUUCUGUGACACCAACAGCAAGGGCAUGUUCCAGGUGGUGUCCGGGGGCACGGUGCUCCAGCUGCAGAACGGAGACCAGGUCUGGAUCGAAAAAGACCCCGUGAAGGGCCGCAUCUACCAGGGCCCCGAGGCGGACAGCGUCUUCAGUGGCUUCCUCAUCUUCCCAUCCGCAAACCGCUGCCCCCUCCGAAAGGAAGGGACCCAGCUGGACCGGCAGGUGGGGCGGGGAAGUGCCGAGCACGGGCGGAGGCUGCCAUCUGCUGGACAAAGCAGACCGAGGCGCAAUGUCACUGUGGUCAGCCUGGCUCAGUGCCCGAAAGAAAGUAUCGAGUCAGGAAAAAAUAUGGGAAAGGGGAUGUGCGACUGCGGGGAGGGUGGGAGGCGGGGGCCACCCAGUCCGCUCGGGGCCCUCCCUGCUGUGUCCACUCUGAGACGGUGUCCUCCUGCCUUGGAGAGGGGAAGCAGAUUGGAAGGCAUCUCAGUGACCAGGCCACAGACCUCCUACCCCCAGGUGAGGCCAGGACCCCGGUCCAGCUCCUUCCCCAGGAUGGACAGGGGCUCCAGCUCCUGGGCCCACCUUGGACUGAACCUGCUGCUGCUCCUGCUGGCGCUGCCGCCCAAGAGCCAGGCCAGCACGCAGUGCUAUGGGAUCCCCGGGAUGCCGGGCCUGCCCGGGGCCCCAGGGAAGGACGGGCACGACGGACUGCAAGGGCCCAAGGGUGAACCAGGCAUCCCAGCUGUUCCUGGGACACGAGGACCCAAGGGUCAGAAGGGAGAAGCUGGCACACCGGGCAUCCCUGGGAAGAACGGCCCCAUGGGAGCCCCCGGGUUGCCGGGGAACCCCGGAUUAAUGGGGCCCACCGGGGAGCCGGGAGAGGAAGGCAGAUACAAGCAGAAGCACCAGUCAGUGUUCACGGUCACACGGCAGACCGUCCAGUACCCGAGAGACAAUAGCCUGGUCAAGUUCAACACGGUCAUCACUAACCCACAGGGGGAUUAUGACACAACCACGGGCAAAUUCACCUGCAAAGUCCCCGGCCUCUACUACUUCACCCACCACACGUCACAGACGGCCAACCUGUGCGUGCUGCUGUACCACAACGAUGUCAAGAUGACCACCUUCUGCGACCACAUGUCCAACAGCAAGCAGGUCAGCUCCGGCGGGGUGCUGCUGCGUCUGCAGGUGGGCGACGAGGUGUGGCUGGCGGUCAACGACUACAACGGCAUGGUGGGCACGGAGGGCUCCGACAGCGUCUUCUCUGGCUUCCUGCUCUUCCCCGACGUUCAAGUUCAUCUUCUCCCACUGCCACCAGCCACCAAAGAACUAGAGGCCAGACCCAGGGGGGCAGCCCCCUGGGCCCAUGGGAGGGGGCUGUCAGGGGAAUGCCCUUCCGUGUCUGGGGAAUGGAACUUCUGCUUUGCACAGAGAGCAUCAGGCUCCCUGCUCCUGGUCCCACUGCUGCGCCGCCAAAGGGCACCACCGCAGGACGCCAGGUUCCAAGGACGCAGCCGGGACAGCACGGUGAUGAAGACCCUGAGGGGUAGCCCCCUGCUGCUGCUGCUGCUGCUGCUGCUCCUGGGGCCACCGCAUGUCUCCCAGGCCCAGAAGUGCACCGGGCACCCCGCCAUCCCCGGCGUCCCGGGCAUUCCGGGGACACCAGGAGCUGAUGGCACACCUGGGACGCCAGGGAUAAAGGGAGACAAAGGGAUGCCAGGGCAAGCUGGCGACCACGGCGAGUUUGGAGAGAAGGGGGACCCGGGGAUUCCAGGGAAGCCAGGAAAAGUCGGCCCCAAGGGCCCCAUGGGCCCCAAAGGCUCCCCAGGGCCCCCAGGACCCCGUGGCCCCAAGGGUGAAUCGGGAGACUACAAGGCUACGCAGAAAAUCGCCUUCUCCGUCACGCGGACCGUCAACACGCCGCUGCGGAAGGACCAGACCAUCCGCUUCGACCACAUAAUCACCAACGAGAACAACAACUACGAACCUCGCAGUGGCAAGUUCAUCUGCAAGGUGCCCGGCCUCUACUACUUCGCCUACCACGCCAGCUCACGAGGCAACCUGUGUGUGAACCUCAUGCGGGGCCGUGAACGUGGGCAGAAGGUGGUCACUUUCUGCGACUACGUCCAGAGCACCUUCCAGGUCACCACGGGCGGCAUCGUGCUCAAGCUGGAGGAGGGGGAGAGCGUCUUCCUGCAGGCCACAGAAAAGAACUCUCUGCUGGGCAUGGAAGGUGCCAACAGCAUCUUCUCUGGGUUCCUGCUCUUCCCGAACCCAGAGGUGUGACCGUGGGGCUGAUUCAUCCCCCUCCCCACCCCUCGCCCACCAGCAAAGCUCACUUUACCCCCAACACCACCUCUGCCCAGCCAAAGCACACAGCCAGUCUCCGUGGGUGCGCUGAAUGAAUGAGUAAAUAAACUCGUCCCGACCGAG